AUGUCGGCAGUCGCCCAACAAGCCUGUAAUCACUUCUCUGGUGAGCUACGCCAGGUAGCCGCCGCCGCUGCGGUGGCGUCGCGUUCGUCGCCACUACCAGUGAAUCUAUCUGAGGUUAAGAAUGUGUGUCCCUUCGUGGCUAGAACCAAGGGGAUGCCCGACAAGACCGCGGUUGAGACUUUUGCCGGUCUCUGCCCAGUGAUGUCGGUGGUUGAGAAGCCUGUCCUCAUCCAUAACGAUCUUGAUGAAGGUGUUGUGAAGAAGUCUCUGGUGACGAGAGUGGCCGAUAAGAUGUACGAGACGAAGUUUGAGUACAACAUUGACAAGCUGAAGCAAGAAGGAAGGUAUCGUUACUUUGCUAAUCUACAGAGGCAUGUUGGUACUUUCCCCAAGGCGACAUUCCGUGGCCAGAACGACGAGGCGGGCGUUCCUAGAGAGGUUAUGGUCUUCUGUUCGAACGACUAUCUUGGUAUGGGUCAGAACCCUGUGGUAUUGCAGGCCUGCCAUGAAGCUAUCAACACGAGUGGUACUGGUGCUGGUGGCACUAGGAACAUCUCUGGCACGACCAAGUACCACGUUGAGCUUGAGCAAGAGCUGGCAAUGAACCAUGAGAAGGAAUCCGCGUUGGUGUUCUCCAGCGGUUAUGUAGCCAAUGAGGCCGCCCUUUCUGCUGUGGGCAAAAUCAUGCCUGACUGCGUUAUGAUUUCCGACUCGGGGAAUCACUCCUCGAUGAUCGAAGGUAUCCGCCAUUCAGGUUGUGAGAAGACUAUAUUCAAGAACAACAGCCUCGAACAGUUGGAAGCCAUUUUGAAGUCGUAUCCCCUCGAGAGGCCGAAGAUGAUCAUUUUUGAGUCUGUCUAUUCGAUGGCUGGCUCCAUUGCUCCUCUGGAAAAGAUCUGUGACCUUGCUGAGAAAUACAAUGCUCUCACUUUCUGUGAUGAGGUGCAUGCUGUUGGUAUGUACGGCGAGCAUGGCGCCGGAGUUGCUGAGCGUGAUGGUGUUGCUGAUCGCAUCGAUGUUAUCUCUGGGACUCUUGGAAAGGCUUAUGGCGUCUUCGGUGGUUAUGUAGCUGCCUCCAGAAACUUCAUCGACUGCGUUCGCUCCUACGCCGCCGGUUUUAUCUUCACUACUGCGAUUCCCCCCGUAGUCGCUGCUGGCGCUCUUGCAUCAGUUCGUUACUUACGCCACUCGGGUGUCGAGAGAGAGAUGCAGCAGUUACGUGCUAAACAGUUGAAGACUAAGCUACGGUCCAAGGGUCUUCCCGUGAUGAACAGCACUAGUCACAUUGUACCGGUGUUGGUCAGGGACCCAGUCAAGGUCAAGCAAGUUACUGACAAGCUUCUGGAAGAGUACAACAUAUAUUUACAGCCGAUCAACUACCCCACUGUGCCCAGGGGCACUGAACGUGUGAGGAUCACACCUCUGCCGUUGCACUCUGAAGAAGACCUCGACAUGCUGGUUUCGGCCUUGGACAACAUCUGGGAUGACCUUGAGCUGCCUAGGAAUAUUCCGGUCGAUGACGUUACUGAGUGA